AAUGCACGGUGCCACCGGGUGCACUGCUGCGACUGGUUUUCUUCUCCGUCUCUGUGAACUCUCCUUAUACCCUCACUCUUUCGAGCACGCUCCAGUGAAGUAAAUGCAUCCUGUCUAAGUGGCCAGAACAACUCCACUGAGUUCUCUGUACUUCCGUUUUAGAGUUGGGUUGGACAAAUUUUCGGAGUUAAUGUACUAGGGUUUAACUGUUCAAUCUCUCUUGUUCCGCCUUCUUCCCAUUGCUUGAAACCUUAACCCUAAGUUUAGGAAUAUGCGUUGCUGAAGCGGUGGGUUUCUUGCAGCAGAGUGGAGGACGAAGUCCGUCGGGGUUUUCUUGUUUUAAAUAAGAGUUCGCCUUCUCCCGAUCUGGUUGGUGUGUAGGCCAAGAUUCGUGCUAUGAGAUGGCAACUGAUGUGGGUCAAAGUUGCUACGGUUGGUCGCGCGAGGAAUUGGAUGACCGGGACGUCUCUAGGGAAAUUUCAGUUUCCCAAAUGCUUGAUCAUGGUUCCAUAUCUUUUGGAAGAUUUGCUCUCGAGCCAUUGUCAUGGGAAAGAAGAUCAGUGUUUACUCAUAAUAGGUAUCAAGAAGAACUGGAGAAAUUUAAGUACCCAGGUUUAGUUGCACAAAAAAAGGCAUACUUUGAAGAAUACUAUAAGAGAAUUCGAGCUAUGAAAGCUUUGCAAGAAAACAAGCACGCUGAGACUGCAUCAAAUUGUGAUGACAGUAGUGGCAUCUCUGGACAGAUUAUGGCAGAUCAGAGAGCUGUACCAAGCGAGGGUGACGGGGCUGAAAUGCUAAAUACCACUUUUCCUUUUGUAGAGAAAGGUUCAAAGGAAUUUGCCUUGGACAUUGAUGGUGAAACUGCAUUAUUGGAACUUGAUUCACCUGCAAAGUUGUCAAAAGAUGAUAAAAAUGGUGAAAGCCCUCCAAAUUUGAAGCAUUGUGAAAUUUGGGACAUAAAUUCUUAUAAUGAUGAACCUAUCACAACAAGGAUUGUGGAUAGUGGGCAGCAUGACUUUAUAAGAGUUGAUAACAAACUGGUGCCACCAGGAAUUUUGUCAGAGAACAUCUAUCAACAAAUUGUAGUAGAAAAUCAUAGAAUUAUAAAAAACGAGAGUAAUGGGGAAGAAUUAGAAUAUUUUAUUAGAGAAAAAGCUUCAACUGAAGUAGGCUUGGGCAUAGAUGUUAAAACUACUUUACUUGAAGCUGAUCCAUCCAUGAAGUCCUCUGAAUAUAAUGAAGUCUAUGAAAACGCUCAAAAUUCUAAGCAGUUUCAAUUCGUUGUUCAAAAUUCAGGUGAUCAUGAACCUGUGACAGCAAACAUUGAAGACCACAAGCAGCAUGACCACAUAAUUCAAAAUAUUGAAGAGAUUUCAAGGAAAACUGAAAAGUAUGUACUAAAUGAUACUCUUUGUUCCUCAAGCUCACCUAAAGUCACGGAGGAUAAUCUGUAUGCUGAACAAAAGAAACUUAACCAAGCUGUUAAGGGGUUUAAGCGCAAUGUUUUUUCAUCUGAAGUUAUGAAAUUUCCUUCUUCUGCUGGAGAUUUGCUGAAGUUCGAACAUAAAACCAAAUCAGUCAAUGCCAUCCUGAGACCAGUUUUGAGGGAUUCUUCUCAAAAGAGAAAAGACAAGAACAAUGCCUGUAUUGUCUCACAUAAACAAACUGUUGAUAGGAUUUUAAUCGGCAAACAUGCCCCAGUUGCUUCGCAUGGAUCAAAAAAGGAAAUGAAUUCCAUGUUUACAAAUCCUCGCCCAUUUACUUUUGGCACUGGAAAGCUAGCUGUUACUUCUAACAGUGCUUCAGCAAGAUAUGAUACCAAAAACAUAUUGCCGUCACCAUCACUUCCUCUUGAGAAUAUCAAUUCAAAGGGCGUUUCAAGUAGACAAGGCAUACCAUAUAGCCAGAAAAGGGAGAAACUUGAAAAUAGAAGGGGCCAUGAACCGAGAAGACAACCUCUCUACACGAACAGAGAAGCAACCCACCCAAAGGUAGCAAGUGCAAGCAAUGUGAUCAGACCGCUAAAGGCGAGAUCUGUUAACCUUCCCCCAAGCUGCAAAGGUGAUUCAGAUGUUGGAACCAACUCUAAUAAGAUUGCAAGGAACAAUGAAGAUGGAAAACGGAAGUUAAUACAAGUGACUGCCCCAUCUAAGAUGAGGGAUUUUUCAGUCAGUAUGAAGAUUUCACAGCGUGGUGAUAAUUCUUCGCUUGACAGGAGGAAGCCCAGGCCGGAUAAGCCCCACUGGCGUUAAAACGGUAGACUGUGCAUGUAUAUAUCUUUGAUAAAUGAGCGCAAGUAGGUUGCCUUCUAUCUUUUUACAAUGUAGCAGUGUUUUCUUAGGGCGAAGAAGCAUAUGUGAAGUUAUUGUAAAAGAAAUUACCGUGACUAUUAUAAUUUUCUUUAUUUUUUUCAAAAAGUUAGACUGUAUCUUUCUGUCAGCCACCGCACUUAGCUUGUAAAAUGUAACUUUCUUUAUAACUUUUUGAGUAAACAGGCAAAAAAAUUGUUUCUUCAAAUUGCCCCCAGCCGUGUAGUCCAGACCGCAGCGGCUCUGCCGCUGCAUUACAAGCGCCGCGCCCUUGAUCUCAAUAUCAUAUAUAGGCAAUAAAAUGUAGUUUUGGUAGAAAUGUAGUCCAG